GAUUGAAUGAAUUUUUGUGGGCAUAUAUGGCUGUGCAUGGCUUCAUUUAGUUUCAGUCAUGGAGGUAGAGGGGACGUUUUGUGGGUUCGUCGUUUAGGAAUUGAAGGUGCUUGUUAGGAUAGGAUAGUGAUGCCCCAUGAAUGGUUGUGCUAUGUGUUCUGUAGCAAAACUUUGGGGGACUUGUUUUGGCAAAGGGAAGGAAGAUGACCCACUGCCUUUCGUCAAGUACUCCUGAUCUCUCCCGCCUCUUAUGGCGAGGCAGAAAUCAGGGCUUAUGGGCCCAAAUGAGUUGUGUUAGUCGUAUGAGUGGGCCUUCCGCAGCCCCACUCGUAUUAGUAGUAUACAGACCGUAUAGUAGUUGGCCCAUAUGCAUAGGGGUGAUAAACGGUUAUGCCGUUAACGGUUUUAAUCACUAACUGCAUUGCUAACC